AUGUGGAUCAGAGUGCCCAAGGACGCCUCCGUGUGCCUACGAUGUCGACUACAGAUCACCCGCUCUCUCCUCCAUCAAGCACCCCAUUGCCGGCGUCCAGACCGGCCGAGUCCUCGAACACAAAGCACAGCGGCUGCUGUAGUUGAAAAUAUUGGCGAGGAUACUGGCGAAGACGCUGGCGAAGACAUUGGCGAAAAUAUCGGCGGAGAUGUCAAAGAACCGCAAAGGAAGCACCGCACAUCCAAAAGGAGGAAGAACAAACUACGGCGGAUAUGGAAGCCACCACGAGUCGCUGAGCUGGGUGUUUCAGCCCUUGGGAAACCCGCCGAGGUACUUGUCCUGAAGGACAGAGAUCGACAUAUUCCUGCAGCUACAGACGAUGAAGCUGAGCGGUCUAAAGCAUCUCAACCACGAAUCUUAGAGGCCUUACAAGCAGAAAAUAUACCCUUGAGCUCAGAAAGUGUCAGACAAAGUCUAGACCAGAUCGCCGACCCGUACCGAAACCAAUCCAAGGCUCUGUCUGGAGAGCAGCGGGUGGAGUUGAAGAAGAAGCUCAUGGAUGGUUUCACCCAGGAACAGUUACGAUCAUAUUGCGAAAUAGACAAUCGACCAAAGCUAGUCACCAAUACUGACUCACAUGCAAGCAAUAGUAUAGGAAGACCAAAACCUACUGGAAACUCUACCCCCGAUGGAGAUCCUCUAAAAGAUGUGACCGCUGAGAAAGGGUUACCCAAGCUCGGGAAAGCAGGUCUGGUGGAUCAUAUCCUAAGGCACAAAUGGGCUUUCACGAGUCUCGCCGACGAGCAGACAGAACAGUAUGUGCCAUUGCCGACUCAGAAGCUUGAGUACGUUUUGAAACAUAGGCAAUCAUUGUUGAAGGAAGUAGAAGAACAAUUCAGUGUUACAAUCGAGGUUGUAGGAGGAAAUGGAAGAAUCAACAUCCAAGGAGGGUUGAAGCAGGUUACUGCUGCUCGAGACGCCUUAACGAGCUUCUGCAGAGAUAUCACCCAUUUGCGUGUCCGUUCUGCUUCGAAGGGCACAGAUCUGAAAAAGGUUGUGACAUCAUCUCUUCUAGAUCAUCUCACACGAACCUACAACGUCAUGAUUGCUUGGGCUUUCAAACAAGGUGAGGAUAUUAUAGGACACGAGGGCUCGCUCAGCAUCUGUUACCACAAAACGCAGGACCUCCAAAAUGCUUUGAAUGCAGAGCGCACCAUAUUACUUGCUGAACGCAAUUCUUUACCUGCGAUUAAAGAUGCAGAGCCUCAAGAGAAGGUUUCUAUGUGGGUCUGGGAAAAUUCCAGCCAAGCAGACCUCGUUCUGCAUCAUUCACCGGAGCAGUGGAAUCGAUUGGAUCAGAAAACAUGGAGCCGUUGGACUUUUCCUCAACUACCACUUGGGAGGGGUUACAUUGAUUCAGGAUCGGACCUCUCUGCAGGACACCAGAUGGUGAAGCAGUUGACCUCUAUCAAUAAGCAAAGCACCACCAUCUCUAAAACUCUGAAGGGCGUCCUUGAUGAAUUCUUCAUGGACAUGUCGUUGAAGAAAAAGUAUGGUAUAAGACGGCUCAUCGAUUCAAGUUACGUCAAGGAAGAGAUCUUCGCACAAAUUGGCAAAAUCUUGUUUCCGCAUGGGAAGAUGACUGUUGCCGAUGCCUUUCGUCCCCUAGGAAAAUUUACGAAAUGGAAAUUACUCAGGGCGAAGACUCUAAAUUCAACCUUGAUGUCCCCAGAUAUUCCCGGUUUGCCUAACUUUCUCGCGUCACUCGCACCUUUCGACGAGCCUGAAAGUGCCAUUGGUGGGUCGAAUGACCAGAAACACACACGCAAGUACCGCUUACGAUACGUUCCUUUGACAUCGCAACUGUUUCCCGGUCUCCAACUUCCUGCAAUUGAAAUAGACGUCCUCCGAAAGGGCAAGUCUGGGUCUGUUGUCACCGAUAGCAUCAUAGGUGCUUGGGCAGUGUUGGCGGAGCAGUCACAUAAGCUGUUACUUCCAGCAUUCACUGUCGAUCUAUUAUUUGGAAGGCGACUGAAGCGUAAACUAUCAAUCAUUCCCUCCGAAGACGAUAUUCGUCCUCACUCGACAGCCGGGUUGGAGGAAUUCGGCCAGCAGAUCAAAAAUUCGGAUUCGGAUAAGUUUUCGCCAUUCUUGAAGGUGGAUAUACGCAAGUACACCGUCAAAUACAGCCUACUGCAAGAUGAUGCUGGAAAUCACAAAGACCAGGUGAUACAACACGGCUCAGAUCAGCGGGAGAGUAUCAAAGGUCUGACCAAUGCUUUGGGUCCACUCCAAGAGCCUGCAGGGCUUGCCAGCGGAAAUCCCUCGUACACGACGACAAACGCGCCCAACAAUAUCGAUUACAUGCUGGAGAGCUGGAAUGUGGUUCACAGCACACCAUUCAGAAGUAAACGUCUCUGUCUGGAACAUCUUCGUCUCGAGGGCAUGAAUGCAGAUGAGGAUCAGCACAUAUUGCGUCUUUCCCGACAGCCUUUGCUUGCCAGCGACAUACGCCAACUGAACAUAACAUUGCUCCUUGAACGUGCGUUCAAGACCGCUGCUCUUUUGAGUGACCCACGUCUUCUUGAUCAGUCAAAUGAACCGGCGUAG